GAGACGAGGCCCGGCCGGCGCAGGAGAUGGAGGCGGAGGUUACACUGCGGGAGUUCACGGAGGCCGACGCGGAGGCGCUGUUCGCGUGGGCGUCCGACCCCCGCGUCGUCCGCUUCCAGCGCCGCGACGCCUACACGCGCGUCGACGAGGCCCGCCGCUACAUCGUCGACAGCGUCCUGCCGCACCCGUGGUACCGCGCCAUCUGCGUCGCCGGCGCAGACCGCCCCGUGGGGUCCAUAUCCGUGAAGCCCGCCGACGACGACCCCCGCGGCGGCCGCGGCAGCUGCAGGGCCUCCCUGGGGUACCGCGUGGCGCACGCGCACUGGGGGCGCGGCGUGGCGACGCGCGCGGUGAGGACGGCGGCGGAGGUGGCGUUCGCGGAGUGGCCGUGGCUGGAGCGGCUGGAGGCCGUGGCCGACGUGGGGAACCCGGCGUCGCAGCGCGUGCUGGAGAAGGCCGGGUUCGCCAGGGAGGGCGUGCUCCGCCGCUACGUCCUGCUCAAGGGGACGCCCAGGGACAUGGUCAUGUUCAGCCGCGUCCGCCACGAGAGGAAGCCCGCUGAGGCCCAUGGGCCGUCAGACGAUGUGUAAUAAUUAUAACGAUAGUAAGGAGUACUCAGCUAAGAAAAAAAAG